AAGAACGUUGCGCACAAUACACACACCCACUCCAUUGAGGAAGGAAGGUUACAGUUAGAACUGUAAGCGAUGGCUCUCCAAAAAGGCACAUUUUACCUGUUUACAAACUGAAGUUUUGUGUUGGCGUCAACAAAUCUACAAACAAUAAAGGUAAACUGUCAAACAGAACGGAAGAGUGUCUCUGGACAACUGUCAGCGUAUAAAAAGGAGCAUUUUGAAGAAAGCGAAAGUAAACUACGCGUUUUCAGAAGGGCCCUGCAUUGCCGACAGCGACACCAUGGCUGAAUGUGAUUGGAAUGAGGAGAUGUCAGAGGGUCCAUUCCUCCUUCAGGAAGAUCUGACCUGUCCGGUGUGUAAAGAUCUUUACCGGGAGCCCGUGCUUCUUUCAUGCAGCCACAGCUUCUGCAAGGAGUGCUUGGAGCAAAGCCGAAAGAUGGGGCAGAGGUGUCCGGUGUGCAGGAAGAGCUGUGACGGGGAGCAACCAAUCUCCAACCGGGCGCUGAUGGCCGCUACCGAGUCCUUUCAGAAGGAGAAGCGCUGGCGGGGACCGAACGCAAUCAAUAAUGUGCCUCUUUGUAACCUGCACCGGUUGGAGCUUCAACUUUACUGCGUAAAGGACGAGGAGCCCGUGUGCGUUGACUGUGUCACUCUACAUCGGACUCACGAGCUGCUGCCACUCAACAAGGGGGCGCCGUUGUGUAAGGAAGAACUGACCAUUAAAGUCAACAUAUUGGAGGAGAAAGUGGAGACUUUCAAGAGAAUGAAAAAGAAAUACUCUAACACAGUUGAUUUCAUGAAGAUCCAGACAGAGCAGGCAGAGAAGCAGAUCAAGGCAGAGUUUGAGAGGCUCCGUCAGGUGCUGUGUGUAGAGGAGGCUGCCAGGCUGAAGGCCCUGGCAGACGAGGAGGAGGACAAGAGAUCCAGUAUGGAAGACAGGAUCAGCUCCUUGACCCGUGACAUCGCUGCCCUCACUAAGCUGGUCCAAACAGUAAAGCGGGAGAUGGGGGCGGAGGAUUUAACCUUCUUGCAGAACUUCCAAGCCUUAAAGAAAAAAGCCCAGUGGCCUCGUGAAGACCCCCAGAAUCCCUCAGAUGCUCUCCUGAACAUGGCCAAACACGUGGGCUCUCUGGGCCACAACAUUUGGAAGAGCAUGCAGGCUCACGUCACAUGCAUCCCAGUGGUGAUGGACCCUAACACRGCCUCUCCCUGGCUUUCCAUGUCCCCAGACCUGGCCAGCGUACGGGACAGCCCAGAGCGCCAGUCCCUCCCGGACAACCCUGAGCGCUUCGACCCCUGUGUCUUUGUCCUUGGAGCUGAGGGCUUCCGCUCCGGCAAGCACCGCUGGGAGGUCCAUGUGGGAGACAACCCRAAGUGGAUCCUGGGAAUCUGUAAGGAGUCUGUGGCUCGCAAGAGGAAGUUCACCGUGUCCACAGACAGGGGCGUGUGGACCAUCGGGCUGAGCAAAGGGGUGUACAACGCCCUGACUGGCAAACGCACAGUGCUGGUCGUGGAGAGUCGGCCAGAGAGGGUCCGGGUCAAGCUAAACAUGGAUAAGGGGGAGGUGUCAUUUUGGGACGCAGGCAACGGUGGGAAGCACCUGUGCACCUUCACACACAAGUUUACAGAGAGAGUGUUCCCCAUAUUUGGUCCUGGGCUCCACACCACCCCGAUGGAGGUUAACCCGGCCAAGGUGACCAUUCAUACUGCGUGACAGGGCAGUGUGACAGUCACUACAGCUUGCUAAGUGUCUGGUUCAAUAGCCGAUGAGCAGUCGUAGUACUCGCUUGGAUAGACGUCACAUGUUAUGGUCAGAAGGUAGCCUAAUAUGUGCACUUGAAUAGAUGGCGCAUUCCACUGUUUCAGCACUCAGGUGUGGUUGUAUUCUAGUGGUUUUACUGUGGCUAUAGAUUUGCGUUGAGGUUUGGAUCAAGGCUUUUUGUAUGGUCACAAUCAUCUUUGAAAUUGUGCCAUAGCAGUAUUCCUAUGCUUUCCAUAGGAUGUACAUAAUGCAGGCAUUUAUUACAUGAGGGAUUUUUUUGGACCCUGAUUCUUUAACUGGUAUGUUUAGAUUGCUGAGCUAUUAUACAUAGGGAUUUUCUAGGACUAGAGGGUUUCCAGUGGUAAGAAUGUAUUUUCUGUCAUUUUACUGCGUUCUGAGAUUUAUUGAUAUGUUUACUGAUUUAAUUAUGUUUCUGUAUGGAAUUUUGCGAAAAAUAACUAAUAAAAUGUUGUCACAUGCGCCAAUUACAACUG